CGAAGAACAGAGAAAGUUCAGAGUGACAGAGAGCUUCCAUGGGACAGUGGAGAAGCAUAGUAAAGGAGGCUAUCGAUCGCACAGCCAUUAUAGCCAAGUUCCUCUGCUUGCUUCACGUUACCAACAACUAUCUCUGUUCUCCCACUCUGGUGUACGGGCCUAGCAUGCUUCCGACCUUGAAUCUGACCGGCGAUGUUCUUUUGGCUGAACGUGUGUCGCACCGAGUGGGCAGGGUUGGCCCCGGCGACGUCGUGCUGGUUCGAUCUCCUCUGAAUCCGAGGAAGACCUUGACGAAGCGCAUUGUGGGUGUUGAGGGGGAUAAGGUCAAUUUCUUUCCGGACCCUGCCAAUUCCAAUAGGUGUCUGACGGCUGUGGUUCCGAAAGGUCAUGUGUGGAUUCAAGGAGAUAAUGUGUAUGCUUCUAGUGAUUCGCGGCAUUUCGGACCUGUACCUUAUGGUCUGAUUGACGGGAAAGUGUUUUUGAGAGUCUGGCCACCAGAUUGCUUUGGACCAUUGGAACACUGAACUCAGAUUGGCCUAAUUUAAAAGAUAAAUUGCUGGUUCUUGGGUGGUGGUUGUGAAAGACGGAUAAUGCUUGGCUCGUGCAAGUAUUGAGCUAUACAAGAUGGUCUUCAAUCUAGAAGAAGGUUUUGUAGUCUGUUUAUGAUGAACAAAAAGUUCAAAUGACAAUGGAAUUGUGUAGCAGUGAUGGUUUUUUACAGAAGGGAUCUUAGAGGAAGGCAGAGGAGGUAAAGGAGUAUCUCUCUUUCUUUUCAUAGGCAAACCCAUGUCGAAGAAAUAUGUUGCCAGAGAUCUUGAGAGCUAGAAGUAGAGUCUAAAUAACUCCACAUGAGAGUUGGAAAUCUUGAAGUAUAGUAAAUUUUGAUAUUCCCAAAAGAAUCAUCAUUUUGACUAUAUAACAUAUGGUUACAAAUUUUGAUAUAGGUAGCAAGUAUAAUGUAACCGCCCAAGUCCACUACUAGCAGAUAUUGUCUGUUUUGACCUGUUAUAUAUUGUGAUC